GGCGUAGUGUAGUGAAAGCUAUUGUGCGGUACCGUACCUUUAUUUUACUGACAUCAUUCAGAAGCGUCACGCUUUGACUUCUUUCCAGUAAGUGCAUGGUUACGAGGUCUGCCUGCCCGUGAUACAUUUCUCCGCGUGAAGCGAUACAGCUUAGUUUGCACGUGUGCGCAUGACAACGUGAGUGAAAACUUAGACGCACUGCUAGGAGAAACCUGAAACGCUGUUGUGCACAGCGAAGCAUACUCAAGCGUGCGCAUGGAGCAGUGCCUUCGCGUUGCGAACAUUUGGAUGCCUUCCGUUUCUGGUGGGGCUGCGAUCCAAGAGCGGGGCAGUUCUUGCUAAAGUGCUCAGAGUCCAGCGAACAAGUGGCAUGUGUUAAGGCUGAAGCAGCUGGAUCAAUCAAAACUGCUGGAGCAACCAGAACUGAAGGAGCACCUGAAAAUACUAGCGCAGCUCGGGAAACCGACGCAGCCCGGGCAACCGACGCAGCCAGGGCAACUGAAACAGCCCAGGAGACAGAAGGUGGAGGACCAACCAGUACUGUCUGGGACAAGUAUGGUAUUGGUGCAUAUAAAAAUGCAGAGAUCGCCGAAGAUGCACAAACAGCUGAAAGCACCGAUUCUGAUGGACUCGAACAAAUAAUUAUGAAAGCAAUGACCUCUCCAAUGCCUACAAUAGGGCGUGUCAACAACCCCCCACUUUUUAUGUAUGCCAAAAACCGAUAUCCACAGGCAGACAACCUGGAAGUAGGGAAACAUUAUGCUGUGUAUGUUUCACAAAUAUAUAGUGUACACCACUUCUACAUACAAAGGAGAGGCACCAACGCUUCGGUUCGUCUGGAAGCACUCAUGAACAAGCUGGAGUCGGUGUACAAGGGACCCCAAUCUUGUGACUACCUCGUUGAUGACAAACUGGUGUACGUGGGGAUGCCCUGUGCAGCGCCAUAUACCGACCUUGAAGGAAACUCAGAUUGGCACCGAGCAUUGGUGGUUUCCCUUGACCCUGACCCCCGCAUUUGCCAGGUGCUUUUUGUCGACUAUGGCACACUGAACGUGCUCCCAAGAACAGAGCUACGCUUUUUGAGGAAUGACUUCCUUGACUUGCCACCCCAAGCUGUGCUAGCCACCAUGGAAUACUUGAAACCUGUGACUUCUGAAGGCUGGACUCGUGAAGCAAAAGCUGCCUUUGUCAAGUUGGUUAGCGGCGACAAAACCUUGGUGUGCAGUGUGUUGAAGCGUCGGGGGGCCCUACACUCUGUCAAUCUGUGCAUCACAAGCUGGCAGCCUGAAGCAUACGUUUCUGAUUUGCUGGUCAAAAAAGGUCUUGCUCUGCCAACUUUGCGUCACAAGCGAAUAAUGGCACAGCUUAUGGAAGGUGAGCCAUUUUCCACAGACCUACAAGGGGAUGAUGGGAUUUCAAAUGAGCCUCCAUCAGCGAAUGGUGACUGUGAUACCUCAGCCCGGCUACCAGCAAUUGCAGAACACCCAUCUCACUACCCUUUUCGAGCCGACCAUAACCUGCAGGGAGACCUCAUGCCUCAACCAGCCCACCUCAUCCUGAGAGCUCACAGUUCUCAGCCAACUGACCAAGCUAAGCCACUUUACCAUACGCAGCCUGGCGACCAAACCAUUGCCUUCAAUUCACAAACAAUCAAACAUGUUCGAGCACUGGACCGGGGCUGUGCUCAUGCUCCGGCGAUUAACCUAGCUGAGAAAAUGCAGGGCAUACCAUUUGCACAACAAGUGCAGCUUACAGUACCACAGCCAGUUACGUGUGGCACACGAAGGCCUACACCUCAAUAUCCUGAGGAGGUCCCUCGCAAGUUUGUUACGCUGUGGGUGCACAAGAAUCGCGCGCAGGAAAAGGCUGCUCUAUUUCAACAACUAGGGAUUGCACCCCCAAAAGAUUGGGAAAAGCUUGCAGCAAAGGAAGAUGCCCGGUUGGCUCGGACAGAAUCAACUGCAGAAACAACCAUGCAGCCAACAUUGCAGGCUGCCCCUCAUUUAAGUGGAGAGCCAGCUGAUAUGUCAUUUCAAUGCUUCAAUGGUACAUCAACUGUGCUACCAUGCCCACAGUCAGCUGUACAAGAUGCUGCACAGUCAGGUGGAGAGCCUUCUGUACAGCCAAUUGCUAGUCCAGCUGUGCAACGUUCGUUUGAACCACUUGUGCAGCCAACAUUGGAGCCUGCCAUGCUCGGCUUCUCUAUGGUAUCUCCUGAUCACCUGGAUGCACUUCAGGAGCCGCAGUCAUCAGGGGGAACUUCUGUGAAGUCAGCUGCUGAAGCACCUCCGAGUCGGGAGCCUGCAUGUGAGGCUGAUGAUGACGAGGACAUCAUGUGUGUGCUUCGACGAGAGCUAGAUGGACCUUGCCCUGCUCGUGCUGUCAAACCGGUUUACCUCAAGUCUGGCUACUGCUUGAUGAUCCUCAAUUAUGAGCAGCUGCCCUACGUAACUGCUGCUAAUGUUUCUCAGUUCCUUGGAUGGUCCUCAGACGUAACCCUGCAAAAGCUGGAAGACAAAUGCAUCCAGUUUCCAACACUGGUCCUGAAAAAAGAAGACCAUCUCUCCCUUUUCAAUCAAAUGGCCAGUUAUGAAGUUCCUGGUGUGAAGAUCCACCAACAGCUGGCACGACAGGUCACUCUCUUUCCAUUGAAAAAUGUCGUCGACUUGCUGAACUUGUUUGAGUGUACCGUGAAGAACUUGAGGGAGGAAGUCGUGGUGGCCCUGCGUGCAUUUGACCCAGCCAAUCCAUACUGGCUCGUGAGUUCUUCUGUUUCCUACACAAGCACGCAAGAUCAGUUGGCUCACUGCCUGGUUGACGAGUCCUUCGGCGAAAUUGUGAGCCGCUUCGUUCCCGGGAUGGGACGAGUGCACAGGGAUCCAGAUGAUUUUGAUCUGGCGGGAGAAAGCAUCGUGUUCUCCGAGUUUGACUACGUCUACGUAGACCACCUCCUCGUUGUUUACGUAGUGUUUCUGGAGUGCUUUGGCCCGGGCCUGUCUCUGUUUGCUGUGAUACUCCGGGUGCAUGUUCUUUGGGAUUGGGUCGACUCUGAGGCGACUGAAGAUGUCUCUGGCCCCUUUGGACCACAGCUCGGGACGCAUGAUGGUUGCCGUCCCCGGAACGCCGAUCGACGAGACCCCAGAAACAUCGCCGGUUGGGUGGUCGCCACUCAGCGAGGCAAGAAGGCCACUCUGAACAACGCGAGACUCCCAGCCGUAAGAAGCAGCCCAGCCAACCCGGCCCAGAUUAUCAAGAAAGUCAACGCGAACUUCGCGAAGACGGCACGCAUGCCUCACGUGCCACGUGGCGAAUGCAAGGUGAUAGUCAGGCCCCGCGGGGGACUGCUGGUGGGCAAGAUUAUGAUGCCGGGCUCGUGCAGGCGAUUGCGGCUCGAGAGCACGAUUAAGCUGUUGCAGGAGACGGUGAAGCAACAAACAGGAGACUAUGAAACAGCAGAAGGAGCUGAUUGCAAGAUUCACUUCGCAACAGCACGGAAACCAAUCAGAUACGCCAUGGAGUGUGGGAACGGCGCAGCAGACGGCAUCGUUCACCCCGCUGGGGACGCCGGUCAUGCACCGCCACCACCGUCGCCGCAAUUCGUGGAAACAAGGCAAGACCCUUGCCAGAAGAAGACCCGCCGUAGCUCGGUGACGAGUCGGACGAGGACGAACACCUGA